AUGAGUCAAAGUACGCACGUUCUUUUUUGCAUGGGCAAUCCUUUAUUGGAUAUUUCGGUCAAUGCCGACACAACACUUUUGAAGAAGUAUGAUCUAAAAGCCAACGAUUCUAUUCUUGCAGAGGAGAAACACAAGCCUUUGUAUGAAGAGUUAAUAAAUAAUUACACGCCUGCUUAUGUAGCCGGUGGUGCGACACAGAACACAGCACGAGGAGCUCAGUAUCUCCUUCCACCCAAUUCGGUUAUCUACUUUGGGUGUGUUGGUAGUGACCAGUACGCUGAUCAAAUGCGUAAAGCAGCAGGUAAAGAAGGGCUAACGGUGGAUUAUUUGGUUGACAACGAGCACCCAACAGGGACUUGUGCUGUCGUCAUUACCGAUCUCAAUAGAUCAUUGGUGGCAAAUUUAUCUGCGGCCGAACAAUAUAAAGAUUCAAAGCAUCUGGAUUUACCUGGAAAAUGGAAAAUUGUUGAAAAUGCUAAAUAUUAUUACAUUGGUGGGUUUUUUUUGACGGUAUCGCCCAGUGCAAUUUUGAAAGUUGCCAGGCAUGCCGCUGAAAACAACAAGCCUUUCAUGAUGAAUCUAUCAGCACCAUUCCUAUGUCAGGCGCCACCUUUUAAGAAAGUUAUGAGUGAUGUUUUGCCAUAUUGGGAUAUUAUCUUUGGAAAUGAGAGUGAGGCCGAAGCUUUCGCGGUCUCUGAGAAUUGGAAGACAACCGAUCUGAAGGAAAUUGCAUUGAAAAUUGCACAACUUCCCAAGGUUAAUACUAAACGUCCUCGAGUGGUUAUAAUUACGCACGGUGCCCAACCAACGGUGGUUGCAUAUCAAGAAACCGGAAAAGUUGUAGAGAUUCCAACCUGCCCGAUUGCUGACAAGGAUAUUGUUGAUACUAACGGUGCCGGUGAUUCAUUUGUUGGCGGAUUCUUGAGUCAAUAUAUUACAGGAAAAAGUAUUGAGGAAUCCGUAAAAGUCGGUCACUGGUUGGCCAAUCAUACCAUUCGACUCGAUGGUCCUACUUAUCCUGAAGAAAAACUCACGUAUCCCGGUUCUUCUUGA